GUCAGAGCGAGCAGCACGUACAGCUGCAGCUGGCAGCGCCUCAGGCCGAGCAGCAAGCGGCUGUGGUUCAGCUGCACCAGGUAGAGCCAGCGUCCAAGUUGAGACACUCCCACAAUUGCAAGAGAAACCAGCACAGAGUCAGAGGCGUCGCCACUGUAGCUACACCCUCGACUGCCCCGCUUGGCACAGCGAGCGCUACGCCACUGGCUUGGGCCAGCAAUUGCUUGGCUGUGAUUUCAUGGCACAGCAAUUCACACUGCCAUUCAGUUUAGCUUAGCCACUCGCUUCGUUUUCGUGCUUAUUGAGGCUGCCAAGCAGCGGAGAAAUAAAUCUAGAGCCGCCCCCGCCCCCGCCCCCAACUCAAUCGCUUAGACGAAGAUAAUGCGGCUCUUGCUGCUGCUGGGACUGUUGGGACUGUUGGCUCUGGCCUUGGCCAGGCCCAAGCAGAUGCUGCUGAUCGAUUCGGCUCCCUCGGUCGUCUCGUACCAGGGCUCCUCGCAGACGCACACUCGCUUUGUUAUUGCGCCGAUGGGCCGUGCCCUGGGCUAUGUGGAGCCCACGAAUGUGAAUCGCACCUUUCAUACAAACUCCAGCUCCACUAGCCUCUCAGCUGGCCAUGAAGUACUCCAAAUUCGACCCGUCUAUGUGCCCUGAGAGUAUUUGUAGUCGAAUGUCAUUGAGCUAGGCUGUGUGUUAUACGUAUAGGUACAUAAGUAUUGUAAGGGGUACGAACCUACUCGGAAAUAUACUGAAAUAACCUAAAUUUUAUAUCAUA